CAGGGGAGUUGUAGUGAGGGAAAUAUAUAAACACACACAAAUCUAUUUUACCAGCUGUAGCACCUGCCUUCUACCUCGGUGGGAGUCACUUUUGAGAAACAGCGUCUUCUCGGAGUCCCGGAACGAAUUCCCGAGUUGGAGGCGUGGCACCCGGGGUCAGACGACGGAGGUCAGAGCGCCAAAUUGGGCGGGAGAAUGUGUUUGCAGUCCACGAUCUGAGGCAUCUGCGGCUUUUCGAGGUUCAUUGUUCUGGGAGUAACGUGAGGAUUCUUCUUCUGGUGGCUGACGGGACCAAAAUAUAGAAAGUGCCAAAUUGGUGACAGUUUGAGAAGAAAUUGUGGGACAAAGUAUUUUUGCCUUGUACUUGGGACAGCUGCUAGGCCCACCAUGGCUCCUGUGAAAAUCAGCCAUGUGGUGUCAUUUUCCUCUCAGGAUCCCAGAUAUCCUGUGGAGAAUCUACUGAACCCAGACAGUCAGAGGGGACCUUGGCUCAGCUGCCCUCAGGACAAAAGUGGGCAACUGAAAGUAGAACUACAGCUGGAAAGGGCAGUGCCCAUUGGCUACAUCGAUGUGGGUAACUGUGGCUGUGCUUUCCUGCAAAUUGAUGUGGGCCGUUCUUCGUGGUCCUUGGACAGACGUUUCAUCACCCUGCUCCCUGCAACUAUGCUAAUGUCCCUAGCUGAUUCAAAGCAGGGGAAGAACCGCUCAGGGGUCCGCAUGUUUAAAGAUGAUGAUUUCCUGGCCCCGGCCUCAGGUGAGUCAUGGGACCGACUACGCCUGACCUGCUCCCAGCCCUUCAUACGUCAUCAGUCCUUCGGCCUGACCUUCCUGCGGGUGCGUUCCUCUCUGGACUCCUUAGAUGACCACAUGUUGGGACCCUCAACCCCUGUGAGCUCUGAGCUGAGCCAGGGGUCUUCGGAUGCUCAGGAGUCUGGUCCCAGUCCCUGGCUGGCUAAUCCUUCCAUCCGGAGGACAUUCUUUCCAGAUCCUCCAACGAACACCAAGGAAAUUUCAGAGCUCAAGAAUAUUCUAAAGCAGCUGCAGCCUGGGAUUCUAGGGCGUUCAGCCUGCAUGGUGCUUUCUGUUGCCCGCAGGGCACCCCUAGCCAGCAUGGCAAACCCAAGGAGCAACCAUACAGAACCAGGUUCCAGUCAUCUGGACAGCACAGAGCCCAGACGAGAAGAACAAAACUCGGAAAAUGACUUGGGCAAAACCAAGAGACGGAAAGUACAGGACCGAAGGCCUUUAUUCAGCUCUAACUCUUGGUCAAACAGGAGGGAGACAGCAAAGUCAGGACAAAGAGAACGGCACCGACCCCAGGACCAAAACAUUGGUGUCCAGGAUAGUGGACAGUGCCCCAUAUGUGCAGGUUCCUUCAGCACUGAGAUUCUUCCUCUGCAUGCUGCAACUUGUGGAGAGACCUCCCCGCCUCACCAAGCCUCUCCCUCCUCAUCACCAUCUUCAUCCCAGUCUGUACUAAGAUUUCAUUGUGUGAAUCUAACACCUCUUCUCCUGGUCUCCAGGCCACAGCCUUCCUGGACCGAGAUAGUGAACAAAAAGCUGAAGUUCCCACCUCCACUCCUGGGUGCCAUCCAGGAAGGGCAGCUGGGCCUUGUGCAGCAGCUGCUGGAGUCAAGGGUCGAGGCCACAGGUGGUGGGCCCGGAGGACCCCUGCGGAAUGUGGAAGAGGCCGAAGAUCGCUCUUGGAGGGAAGCUCUCAACCUGACCAUCCGUCUGGGCCAUGAGGCCAUCACUGAUGUGCUGUUGGCCAAUAUCAAGUUUGACUUCCGGCAGAUCCAUGAGGCACUGCUGGUGGCAAUAGACACAAAUCAGCCAGCAGUGGUACGUCGCCUGUUGGCCCGGCUGGAACGGGAAAAGGGCCGCAAAGUAGACACUAGGUCUUUCUCGCUGGCUUUCUUUGACUCGUCAAUCGAUGGCUCCCGCUUUGCACCUGGUGUCACUCCCCUCACCCUGGCCUGCCAGAAGGACCUGUAUGAGAUUGCCCAGCUGCUCAUGGACCAGGGCCACACCAUUGCCUGGCCCCACCCAGUCUCCUGUGCCUGCCUCGAGUGCAGUAAUGCCCGCCGCUAUGACCUGCUGAAGUUCUCCUUGUCCCGCAUCAACACCUACCGUGGCAUUGCCAGCAGGGCCCACCUGUCAUUGGCCAGCGAGGAUGCCAUGCUAGCUGCCUUCCAGCUCAGCCGUGAGCUGAGGCGCCUUGCACGCAAGGAGCCUGAGUUUAAGCCUGAGUACAUUGCCCUGGAGUUGCUGAGCCAGGACUAUGGCUUUGAGCUGCUGGGCAUGUGCCGGAACCAGAGUGAGGUCACUGCAGUGCUCAAUGACAUGGGCGAAGACAGCGAGACGGAGCCUGAGGCCGAGGGCCUAGGCCAAGCCUUUGAGGAGGGCAUCCCCAACCUGGCAAGGCUGCGACUGGCCAUCAACUACAACCAGAAGCGGUUUGUAGCACACCCCAUCUGCCAGCAAGUGCUGUCCUCCAUCUGGUGUGGGAACCUAGCCGGCUGGCGUGGAAGCACCACCAUCUGGAAGCUCUCUGUCGCCUUGCUCAUCUUCCUCACCAUGCCCCUCCUCUGCCUUGGCUACUGGCUGGCGCCCAAGUCCCGGUUGGGCCGCCUGCUAAAGAUCCCAGUGCUGAAGUUCCUGCUGCACUCUGCCUCCUACCUGUGGUUCCUCAUCUUCCUGCUGGGAGAGUCCCUGGUCAUGGAAACCCAGCUGAGCACCUUCCAUGGCCGGAGCCAGAGCGUCUGGGAGACUUCGCUACACAUGAUUUGGGUCACAGGCUUCCUGUGGUUUGAGUGUAAGGAGGUGUGGAUCGAGGGCCUGCGCAGUUACCUCCUGGACUGGUGGAACUUCCUGGAUGUGGUCACCCUGUCCCUGUACUUGGCAGCCUUCACCCUGCGCCUCCUCCUGGCUGGGCUUGCCCACAUCCACUGUCAGGAUGCCCCCGAUGGGGCUGCCUGCCACUAUUUCACCACAGCAGAGCGAAGUGAGUGGCGCACUGAGGAUCCCCAGUUCUUGGCUGAGGUGCUUUUUGCUGUCACGAGCAUGCUCAGCUUCACCCGCCUAGCCUACAUUCUGCCGGCCCAUGAGUCACUGGGCACUCUGCAGAUUUCCAUUGGCAAGAUGAUCGACGACAUGAUCCGGUUCAUGUUCAUCCUCAUGAUCAUUCUGACUGCUUUCCUCUGUGGCCUCAACAAUAUCUACGUGCCCUACCAGGAGACAGAGCGGCUGGGCAAUUUCAACGAGACAUUCCAGUUUCUGUUCUGGACCAUGUUUGGCAUGGAGGAGCACAGUGUGGUAGACAUGCCUCAGUUUCUGGUGCCUGAAUUCGUGGGUCGGGCCCUCUACGGUAUCUUUACCAUCGUCAUGGUCAUUGUGCUGCUCAACAUGCUCAUUGCCAUGAUCACCAACUCUUUUCAGAAGAUUGAGGAUGAUGCUGAUGUGGAGUGGAAGUUUGCUCGCUCCAAGCUCUACUUGUCCUACUUCCGAGAGGGCCUGACACUACCUGUGCCCUUCAACAUCCUGCCCUCCCCCAAGGCCAUAUUCUACCUCCUCAGGAGAAUUUUCCAGUUCAUUUGCUGUUGCUGCUCCUGCUGCAAAACCAAGAAGCCAGAAUAUCCCCCAAUCCCUACCUUUGCCAAUCCCGGGACAGGGGCAGGGCCUGGGGAUGGGGAGCAAGGAUCCUACCGCCUGCGUGUCAUCAAGGCCCUGGUCCAGCGUUACAUCGAGACCGCCAAGCGUGAGUUUAAGGAGACCCGUCGGAAAGACCUGGGCAACAGACUGACAGAGCUGACGAAGACAGUAUCUCGACUGCAGAGUGAGGUGGCCAGUGUGCGGCGGACUCUGGCGGAGGGAGGGACACCUCGGCCCUCUGAUGGUGCCAGCAUCCUCAGUCGCUACAUCAACCGAGUGCGCAACAGCUUCCAGAACCUGGGGCCCCCCAUCCCUGAGACCCCAGAGCUGACAGUGCCGGGGAUUGUGGGGACCCAGGUAUCUUCAGAAACCAUACCCCAGGAUCCUGGAGGGGCCAGGACUCCAGCUUCUGAAGAGUCUGGCCCCUCCUCUCCAACUCAUGUGCUAGUACACAGAGAGCAAGAAGCAGAAGGGGCUGGGGACUUGCCCCAGGAGGAGGGUUUGGAGACCAAAGAGGGGUCCUGAUGCAGUGGGAGGGCUCCUUCUUCUGUUGCUGAGUAGAGCAGGCUA